AUGGCGGCUGAAGAGGGGCACCUGUCAAAGCGGGGCGAUGUGUACGCUCAACCAGGAAACCGAAAUCCUUUGCUAGAUAUUCUCAACGAUCAAUGGCAUCCACUUUCUAACCCUGGCGGCUAUCUCAGUAUUGGUGUUGCGGAAAACACAUUCAUGCAAGAAGAGCUACUGCGCUAUGUCAAUACUCACAACUUUACCCUAGACUCUCAUUGUCUUAGCUACGGAGACAGCUUCUCUGGCAGCCACCAACUCCGCAGUGCUGUGGCUUCUUUCGUGACACGACAGUUCUGCCCUGUUCAGCCUCUUCUUGCUCGCCAUGUCGCCAUUACGUCGGGAGUGGGCCCUGGAGUCGAGGCUCUUUCGUUUACACUCUGCAAUACCGGGGACGGUAUACUUCUGGGACGACCCUUCUACAGAGGUUUCCCCGCGAGCAUGUCGUCUCGCGCCGGAGCUACCACCAUCCCCGUUUCCUUCGGAAAUAUCGACGCUUUCAGUAUGGACGCUAUCCCUUUAUAUGAAAAGGCCGUUCUCGAUGCGAAGGCCCGCGGCAUUACCGUCAAGGCCAUCAUGCUGUGUAAUCCACACAAUCCUGUUGUUUGGGAUAACACUGAAACUAACGAAGUGCCCGGUUUCCAUUCAGUACUCUCGAUCAAUUUGAAGGAGUUGAUUGAUCCUGAACUUGUGCAUGUGCUUUGGGGAAUAAGCAAGGAUUUUGGAUCAAACGGUAUCAGACUUGGCUGCAUUAUUAGCCAGCAAAACGAGAGGCUUCAUGCGGCUUUGGAGAACAUCGCUGGUGCUUUCUUCGUCUGGGCCGAUUUAUUCUCGUUCUUCAAGCCUCGUCUUGGAAGUGGCGUAGGUACUUCUAAGUCUGCACAGCAGGUUGAGGAGAACUCUUGGGCUCUUGAAGCGAGACUUCAGGAGACCUUUUUGAAGCACAAGUUGUUUACGGCGGCAGGAAGUACGUUCAGUCAUACUGAAGCUGGAUGGUUCCGCUUAACAUUUGCCCUCGACUACGACUGUCUCAGUGAGGGGCUACAGAGAUUGCUCACAGCACUUGAGGAAUUCGGUAAGGAAUGUGAUUACUAG